UUCCUAAUUUAAAGAAAGGUAGAAGUGGCCGUCCAGCAAUCCCUAUUGAUUUGGAAAAUUUGAGGAACAUUCCUCUCCAACAAAGAAUGACCCUAGAAGAUGUCUCUAGUAGACUUGGUAUUAGCAAGACUAAGAUACAUAGGUAUUUGAAACAGGGUCUGCUUAGGCACCAUUCUAGUAGUGUCAAACCUUACCUCACGGAGGCUAACAAGAAGACUAGAUUGAAGUGGUGCAUUGACAUGAUUGACCAAAGUUUGCUUGAUGAUCCAAAGUUCAAGGAUUUGUUUGACAUUGUGUUUAUUGAUGAGAAGUGGUUCUAUCUCUAUCAAAAAUCAGAGAGGUACUACUUGCUACCCGAUGAAGAUGAACCACAUCGUAUUUGCAAGAACAAGAACUACAUUCCUAGGAUCAUGUUUUUGUGUGUUGUUGCUCGGCCAAGAUUUAGAGAUGGAGUAUGUGUGUUUGAUGGCAAAAUAGGUUGUUUUCCACUUGUUACUAUUGAGCAUGCUAUUAGAGACAGUCCUUAUCGGCUGCGUGGUGAGGAAGUAAUCAAGCCAAUCCAAUCAAUCACAAGGGAUAUCAUAAGGGAUUUCAUGAUAAAUAAGGUGUUGCCGGCAAUUAGAGCAAAGUGGCCAAGAGAAGAUGUGCACAAGCCAAUAUUCAUACAACAAGAUAAUGCUCCUACUCAUUUGAAAGUGGAUGAUCCUCAGUUUUGUGAGUGUACUAAGCAAGAUGGCUUUGACAUUCGGCUUAUAUGUCAACCGGCCAAUUCUCCAGAUUUUAACGUUCUAGAUUUGGGUUUCUUUCGAGCUAUCCAAGCGAUUCAAUACAAGAAAAAUGCUAAGACAUUGAAAGAACUAAUUCCAGCAGUGCAUGAGGCAUUCUUGGAGUACAAUCCAUGGAAAUCAAACAGGAUAUUUGUAACAUUACAAACUGUGUUGAAGGAAGCAAUGAAGGUUAAAGGUUGCAAUAAUAUAAAGAUUCCUCACUUGCAGAAGCAAAGACUAGAGAGGGAAGAUAGGCUGCCAUUGCAAAUCCCUUGUGAAGCUUCAUUGCUAGCUGAAUCCAUAAGUAGUCUCCCUGCAAAUUAGAAGAUGCAAAUUAGUUUAUGCAAAUUAGAAGAU